UUUUGAGGAAAAGGGCCGCUGACCUUCUUUCUUUUCUACUUCCUUUUCAUUAUUAUUAUUAUUUUCUUUAACUACUGAUUUUCAAUCAUGAGUUUACUUCAACCUUAUGUCGAUCAAUCUGUACUAGUUUUAACCUUGGACGGACGAAUACUUGUGGGUACUUUACGUGGAACUGAUCAAACAUCAAAUGUUAUUCUUGAAAAGUGUGAGGAACGCGUAUUUUCUACUAGUGGUACUGAAGUCAAUCCUCUUGGCUUAUAUCUUAUUCGAGGGGACAAUAUUUGUACCGUUGGACUUAUUGAUACCGAAAAAGAUCAAGAAAUAGAUAUUACACAAAUCAAGGCUGAACCUUUGGGUAUACUUAAGCUUUAAUUAGUCUCAUUUAGGUUUUUUUUUUUAUCUUUUGUUUCAUUUCUCGCAUCAUUGUACUAUAGCUUUAUCCCGUCUCUCUCUCUUUUUUCUUUUUUUAACUAUUCAUAUAAAAUUACUUAUUAUUGAGCACUAUAUUUAUCAUAUUCAUAAAAUAAACAAUAUAUUUCUUGAUCUUCUCCACAUCCCCUCUUUUUUUUGACAUAAGGAUC